UGUAAUUGGUUCCUGAAUCCUCUGUCACUACCUGUUGAACCGUGUGCAUGCCAAUAAAUAUAUAAAUGGACGUUGACACUAAUUAUAAAGUGCAGGUCGAUCAAAAAUAGCAAGGAAUAAGUUGGCUGUUUUCAAGGAAAUGUUGAAAGACCAGGAGGAAAAUGCUUUCGCAGGCCCAAGCACAUCGACGGCAGGUGGGGCCAGUCGCAACGGAGUCCUGUUUGGAACGUUUGGAGACAGACAGAUGUCAUUUGAAGAGGGAGAAUGGUAUCAAUUCCAGAACACUUCUAAUAUGGCUAGUGCACUGCAGCGGUCCAUAAGCAGUAGGCAACCGUCUUUCGACGACCGCAAAUCCUGGUCCCGUCAGCAAUCCAGUAUAGACAGAGGUUGGCUAUGGGGAAGGCAGCAAGCUAUAGAUGAAGACCAUUUGAGCCCAGAUACAGGCCUGUCACACCGUAGUAGAGACUCCUCAUUCGAAGAUGUAUUCUCAGCUAGUGGGAGAUUAAGUCCCAUGAUGUAUCGCAUGCCCUCCGACCCUUUUUCUAACCUCCCCCCUCCCCCGCCCUCCCUCCUCUGUGCAGCCAUACACCAGCACUCCUCAGGGUACUACCCCCAGGAGCCAUCCCCACCCCCUCCUCCCCCACCCCCAAUCAUCCCCAUCUACUCAGUCCCCAACAACCUCCUAUCCCCUCCCCAGCAAUUCAGGCCGUCCGGCCGUCGCUUGGUCAGGCAAUACAGGACUUCGGCUUCCCCGACUUUGCCAAUACGCAUCAUCCCUCCCCCUCCCGAUUACCCUCCAGAGCCUCCCAUGAGCGAUACAUCUUCCCCGUCGUCCAGUCGAUCCCCACCCCUGCCUCCCCCACCCCCUUCCCCUCCCCCAUCACCCCCUCUCAUUGCAAGUUCUCCCCUCCCAAGACCGAGACCUAUACCCCCUCCCAGACUCUCUGUUAAUGUUGAUUAAUGAUUGUC